GAGGACGUCGCGAUGUGACCUCUGUGCAUGGUGGUGACCUCACGCGCGUCCCGGGGGUCUUUAAUGAGAUGCAAAUGAGUUCGGCCCCCGCUGGUGGGCCUGGGGACGGGGGUUGCCUCCGACCAUGGCUGCCUCUCUGCUACCUUCCCCCCCCCAACCCGACUUACGUGGGUGCUAUCUCUCUUUUUCUACACCUGUGUGUCCCCCAGUGCUACUUUUCUUAGAAAGGGGGAAUAUAGUUGUUAAAUGGUGGUGCUAGUUUGAUUUUUAUUAAACUCGAUUUAUAUGUGUGUGCGUGCGUGCACACGCACACACAAUUUUAGUUACAGGUAGGUAGCCGUGUUUCAUGUUGGUAUCCCGUCCUGUAAUCCGCUUUAUAGCCACAGAGAAACAUUGGGCUGGUGUUUCUCCCAGGGCUAUUUUGCCCUUUGCCGGUCAAGGGAGGCAGGUUGCAUUUCUAGAAUGUGCUCCUGUCAAAAUCAGAUGCCUCUUGUUUCUUGCACAACCUUGUGCAACUUGAGCUCUGCCUCUGUGUGGCAAGGCACUCUUGCCUAAUCCAAAGGGUGGCUUUGUAGGGUGCACCUCUGCCCUGUUAGGUAGUACACUGUACAGAUACCUCCAGGCAGUUUCUACUGGCAGCCAAGGUGAGCCAGAGUGUGGUGGCGGUGAAGAGAAGCGUGGGUUUGCUUCUUUCAGGUGCCCUCUUGCAUCCCUCUGCUAUAGGGUGCUUCAUCAAGCUGUUUUUCUAGUUUUUGCGUGCACACUCACACUUUCACUUACCCUUUCAAAGUGCCACUGGGGAUACAUCCCAUAGCCUUCCCAUGGGGAGACUGUUAUAUUAGCUUCCACACCUGAGAUUUUGCCUGGAUUUUGGGCUGUUGGGCCUGAGCCUUUUGGGUGAUACUGUGUAUGGUGGACACCUACACAGCUUGCCUGUUUCUGUGUUUUCAGUCUCAGAUUCAAACAAAUUCUGUGCCCUUGGUCUCUUCUCUCUUCACACAAAGCACCUCUUUCUGUUCCCCUUGGCUGCAUAAUUGCUCUACAAACACAGAAACUGCUGCUUUCAGCACCCUCAUGGUAUCUCUUUUUCUUCCCUAAAGCUAAGCGUCUACGGUAGUGCUGAUGGCUAUGUUUGAUGAAGACUGAAGGGAACUGAUGAUUUGGGGUUGACUUCCAGAAGUCACAUAUGGGGCUUCAGUACCUUGUGACUACCAAUCUCUCCUAUGAACGAUUGACAUCUAUUCCCCAUUUUCAGCUCUACUGCCCACCUGUGCCCCGUUCCUGCGUUUUGCCCUAUUUCCCAGCAUCCCAUUUCUUGUCUUUAUAUACUCCUUUCCACGCCCACUACCCUAAGAGCCACAUUCUCUUGGGAGAUGUCCCAGAAAGUAAAUAUCAGCCCAGCUUGCGCACUUCCUUGCUGCAGAACAGAUAGCCUUGGCCACCAUGGGUGGAAGCAAGGAGGUUAUCAGGAUGAUAGCUUCCUGCAUUCUGAUCCACAGAGAUUAUAGUUGUUUGCCAUGCAGUUUGAGUGUAUCUCCCCUUCUGCGCCACCACCCUCCCCCUGCCCUAUAUUGCAAAUACAGCAAGUGGUUGAAAUGUCCCUUGUUCACUUGUGCAAAUGGCCCCUUUGUCAAUGGCUUUGCUCUGGGAGAUUGUCUUCUGCUGCCUGUCUUUCCCAGAACAAUUUCUUUCUGUGCAAAACCCGGACAGUUCCUCGCAAGCAGCCCCUGCAGCUGCAGUUCCCUCCAGGCUCAGUUCCUUCCUUCUCCCCACCCCCCUUGAACGCCCUUUCCCCUUCUCUGCCUUAUCUCUGCUGCCAGGUUGGGGCUAGUUUGCAAGGAGAGACUCCUUUGAUUAGACGCUGACAGAGCAAGGCAGCAGGUCUUCCUCUUGCCUCUAGCAAAUACAUCUUUUUCUUCCUCCUCUUCACUGGGUCCUGGGUUGCAAACCUCUAUUGAGAUGGCAAAGGUGGUGUUGCAGGACAGUCAGGAGAAGAAUGGCUUGAAGAAAGAGACUAUCCGCGUGGGAACAAGGAAAAGCCAGCUCGCCCGGAUCCAGACGGACAGCGUGGUUCAGAUGCUGCAGGAGCGCCACCCUCACCUCUGCUUUGAGAUUGUUGCCAUGUCAACCACAGGUGACAAGAUCCUGGACACAGCUCUGUCCAAGAUUGGCGAGAAAAGCCUAUUUACGAAGGAACUGGAAAAUGCACUGGAAAGAAAUGAGGUUGACUUGGUGGUUCACUCCCUGAAGGACCUGCCCACAUCCCUCCCACCCGGCUUCACCAUCGGUGCCAUUUGCAAGAGAGAGAGUCCGUAUGAUGCGGUCGUCUUCCACCCUAAGCAUGCAGGCAAGAGCCUCCACAACCUCCCUGAGAAGAGCGUGAUCGGGACCAGCUCACUUCGCCGGGCAGCUCAGCUGAAGAGGAAGUUCCCUCACCUGGAAUUCAGAGAUAUUAGGGGAAAUUUGAACACUCGCUUGAAGAAGCUGGAUGAGAAGGAGGAUUUCAGCGCCAUCGUCCUGGCAGCGGCUGGCCUCAGGCGCAUGGGCUGGGACAGCCGCAUUGGUCAAGUCCUGAGCCCCGCAGACUGCUUGUACGCAGUUGGGCAGGGAGCCUUAGCAGUGGAGGUGAGAGCCAGAGACCAGGAGAUCCUCGAUAUGGUGUCCGUCCUGCACGACAGUGAGACGGUGCUGCGCUGCAUUGCAGAGAGGGCCUUCAUGAAGCACUUGGAAGGCGGCUGCAGUGUCCCUGUGGCUGUGAACACUGUGCUGAAGGACUUCCAGUUGUAUUUGACUGGAGCGGUCUACAGCCUUGAUGGAUCUGAGAGCCUACGUGAGACCAUGCAAGCAAGCAUGAAUUAUUUUCCACACGAGAACGAAGAUGGCCCCAACGAUGACAUCCAGCACGUUGGCAUCACUGCAAAGAAUUUCCCUCAGUCUGCUCAAGUGGCUGCAGAGAAGUUAGGCAUUCAGGUGGCUGAGCUCCUCCUGAGCAGAGGGGCAAAGCACAUCCUCAACGUGGCCCGACAGCUCAACGAUGCCUGAUGGUGGCCUGCCUUGGAUGUCAAGCUGCUCUUGCCUUUGUCCUUCAUGGAAGCAAUGAAGUCUCUUGCAAAUCAACCACUGCCCUCUCGGUGAAGGGAAUCUUAAUUUAUUAUGGUAGCUACGCCACAGUUCGCCUGUGCUACUAAGGACUGGCUCAUGCUGUAGUCUCCAAUGGAAGGUUCAUGCUGGCCGGGAUCACUCCCUUUAACACACAGCUUGAAUUUUGAGAAAGAGAACCAUUUAAAAGAAGUUGGUGCCUUCAUUGAUUGCUGUCAGGAGUAAUGUAACAUGGUACAGUUGCAUAGAAUGAAGUGUAUAUUUUUUUUAAUUAUUGCCAAAUGGAUUAAAGAAGUUUAAACUGAAA